AUGUCCUUCAUCGAUGAUUACACCUGCUUCGCAUGGAUAUACCUCCUGAAACAGAAAGAAGACGCAAAGAAGGCCAUCAAGGACUACGUUACAAGAAUCGAGAAACAGUAUAACACAACAAUACUGAGAUUCAGAACGGAUGGUGGCGGUGAAUACAUCAACAAGGACAUAACGAACUACUUCGAUUCACAAGGAAUAGUUCAUGAACAGACUCCCCCAUACACUCCUGAAUCUAAUGGAGUUGCAGAACGAUUCAACAGGAUGGUAACCACAAUGGUCAGGUGCAUGAUCAUGGACCACCCUAAGUCGUUAUGGGGAGAAUCAUACGCAACAGCUGUCUACCUCAAAAACAGGCUACCAUACAAAAACUCUAGGCCAGCAGGAAGCAAACUAGCACCCCGAGCGUAUGAAGGAAUCAUAGUUGGAUACUCAGACAGUAAUAAAAUAUACCGUAUCUGGAUAGGAACACAACAUAGGGUAAUUGAAAGUCGGGACGUCACAUUCCCCCCUCCUGAAUCAGGGGAAGUCUCAGUGGAACUCGACUUCAUCCCCAGCCUGAAACCAGAAACGGCAAAUGCACCAUCAGACGACGGAUACGAAUCAGAAGACAGGUCUGAUCCAGAACCCGAGUCAAAUGCAAUCGAAGAGAACCGUACAGAAAUGCCAGGAUUGUUCCCGGAAUCACCGGAACAGGUUAGAAAACCACCACCGGCUACACCACACAAGGGAAAAGAACCUGCCAUACCUAUGAGACAACCACGAGACCCAAGAGACAACUGGGAGAAAAUUCCAGCACCAGUCGUACCAUUCAAAGGAUUCAAAGGAAAACCUCUUGCGUCAACGACACCCAAAGGUACACCACCACAACCUCCAAAACGAUCAGAUCGAAUACGCCAGCGAAAAAAUAGAGCAAUUGAAAUGGAAGUACGAAGGAAAGAGUAUGACGAAAAGGUAGUAGAACAACAGAAGUUACUUUCAAGUUAUAUCGAAGAUGUGAAAGAAAACGGCCCAGGAGACAAAGCCUCUGAACAAGAAUUAAUCGAUCAAUACAAAGAAGACUUCAGACGUUAUAGGGCUGAGUUAGACACGGAAUAUCGAGACAUAUCCGAACUCCCCCCGAACUACCAAAUACACCUCGUAACAGAACCUUCCACUUUCAAUCAAGCUAUGCAGAGCGACGAUCAACACCUAUGGAAAAAGGCGAUACAGACUGAGAAAGACGCCCUUGACAAAGCCCAUACCUGGGAUAUAGUCAACAGACCAACCAACCGAGCAGUAGUCAAAGGGAAAUGGGUAUUCAAAGUGAAACACAACGCGGACGGAACAAUCGAGCGGUACAAAGCAAGGUACGUUGCUAAAGGCUUCACCCAAGUACAGUACCAAGACUACGAUGAGACCUUCGCCCCCGUUGCACGAUAUGAUUCUCUACGACUCCUACUGGCACUAGCUGCACACAACGGUUGGAUACCACAACAAAUGGACGUCAAGUCAGCCUUCCUGUAUGGUGUACUCAAGGAGGAAAUCUACAUGGAACUGCCUGAAGGCUACAGGCAGGACAACAAGGUUUGUAAACUUCGGAAAUGCAUAUACGGACUAAAACAAUCACCCCGUGAAUGGUAUGCUUGCCUAGCAGACUCCCUUCAACGGAAAGGAUUCGUCCCAGCCAAAUUCGACCCAUGUGUCUUCAUACAUAAGAACCACCAUCUAUACAUAUCGGUGUAUGUAGACGACAUCAUGAUAUUCGGACCCGACUCCCCAUUCAGAAAAGAAAUCAGACAACUACUCAAGGCAGAUUUCGAAUGUACGGAUCUCGGUAACUCGAAGUUCAUACUGGGAAUAGAAAUAACGGUAACCAACAACGGUAUCGCGCUAUCACAACGCGCAUACAUCAACAAGAUCCUGGAUAAAUUUGGAAUGAGUAACUGCAAACCAGUUGGCACACCACUCGAACCGAACCUCAACCUUCACAAAGGCGAACCGGAAGACCAAAUCGAGAAACCAACUGAGUACCAAUCCAUAAUAGGAUCACUGAUGUACGCAAGUAUAGUGUUACGGGCAUGCCAAGCAACACCACUAUCAACUCCGGUUCGCACCCACGAGGUGCGGUACGAUCGAUAUGCGACCAAAUGCGGAGUUGCGGUUUUCCUAGUUAAAAAACACGUUUUCGACCCCAAUAAUAACCCCCGGAGCGUCAAACCGCCGGAGGGGAGUGUUUUGGUACCGGUGGAUAUAUGA